AUGCUUCCCAGCGCCUCGCGGGAGAGACCCGGCCAUAGAGCAGGAAAAGUGGCGGCCCCUGACUUGCUGGAUCCUAAAUCUGCCGCUCAGAACUCUAAACCGAGGCUCUCGUUCUCCACGAAACCCACCGUGCUUGCUUCCCGGGUGGAGACUGACACGACCAUUAAUGUUAUGAAAUGGAAGACGGUCUCCACGAUUUUCCUGGUGGUCGUCCUCUAUCUGAUCAUCGGAGCCACAGUGUUCAAAGCGUUGGAGCAGCCUCACGAGAUUUCCCAGAGGACCACCAUUGUGAUCCAGAAGCAGACGUUCAUUUCCCAGCACUCCUGUGUCAAUUCGACUGAGCUGGACGAACUCAUCCAGCAAAUAGUGGCAGCAAUAAAUGCAGGGAUUAUACCUUUAGGAAACACCUCCAAUCAAAUCAGUCACUGGGAUUUGGGAAGUUCCUUCUUCUUUGCUGGCACUGUUAUUACAACCAUAGGAUUUGGAAACAUCUCACCACGCACAGAAGGGGGGAAAAUAUUCUGUAUCAUCUAUGCCUUACUGGGAAUUCCCCUCUUUGGUUUUCUGUUGGCUGGAGUUGGAGAUCAACUAGGAACCAUAUUUGGAAAAGGAAUUGCAAAAGUGGAAGAUACAUUUAUUAAGUGGAAUGUUAGUCAAACCAAGAUUCGAAUCAUCUCAACAAUCAUAUUUAUACUGUUUGGCUGUGUACUCUUUGUUGCUCUGCCUGCAAUCAUAUUCAAGCACAUAGAAGGCUGGAGUGCCCUGGACGCCAUUUAUUUUGUGGUUAUUACUUUAACAACCAUUGGCUUUGGCGACUACGUUGCAGGUGGAUCAGAUAUUGAAUAUCUAGACUUCUAUAAGCCUGUCGUAUGGUUUUGGAUCCUUGUAGGGCUUGCUUACUUUGCUGCUGUCCUGAGCAUGAUUGGAGACUGGCUCCGAGUGAUAUCAAAAAAGACAAAAGAAGAGGUGGGAGAGUUCAGAGCCCAUGCUGCUGAGUGGACAGCCAACGUCACGGCCGAAUUCAAGGAAACCAGGAGGCGGCUGAGUGUGGAGAUUUACGACAAGUUCCAGCGUGCCACCUCCAUAAAGCGGAAGCUCUCCGCAGAACUGGCUGGAAACCACAACCAGGAGCUGACUCCCUGUAGGAGGACCCUGUCAGUGAACCACCUCGCUAGCGAGAGGGAUGUCUUGCCUCCCUUACUGAAAACUGAAAGUAUCUAUUUGAACGGAUUGACGCCACACUGUGCAGGCGAGGAAAUUGCUGUUAUUGAGAACAUUAAAUAGCCCUCUCUUUGAAGAGCCCUAGGCAUAGCCAUAGGCUCAACUCUGCAGUCCUUUACCCCACAACUCCUGUUUGAAUACCAUACCUUGCUGGAAACAGUGUGUAAAAUGACCGGAGUGAUGAUGCCCGAAGAAGGAAUAGAUGCCAAAUUAGAUGGACAUUGAAGCAACACUCAGAAACCCUAGCGUUAAAGGCACUGCAGAGAAAUGAGGUGCAAAGACGGCCCCUCUGAGUAUUUAUUUGACUCAGGUACCAAUGGUACAUAUAUACAGUGUAAUUAUUACCAGGCCAGUAAAACUGACUGCUCUCAAUCAGUCCCUGUUUUCCUGGCAGUAUUUAAAAUUUAUCAUUUUUGACUAACUAUAUAUACAUCUUUUA